GAUAUCGGACCUAUCGAUAACACUGCGUUUUUGUAGCACGUGGAGUCCAACAGCUUGUGUGAAAAAUAAUUUAAUAUUUGUGAAAAGAACGGCAUAUUUUCAUCAUAAAUAUGUCGAAUCUGUAUGUGCUGUAUGAGCAUGCAGCUGGCUAUGCCUUGUUCUCCGUAAAGGAGUUUGAGGAAGUUUCCAUGUUCCUGCCACAGGUCGAAUCCUCGGUCACCGACAUAGCCAAGUUCAAUUCGAUUGUGAAGUUGGCUGGCUUUUCGCCCUUUAAGACGGCCGUCGCCGCGUUGGAGAAUGUAAAUGCCAUAUCCGAGGGCAUUGUGCCGCAGGAUUUGAUUAAUUUCCUCGACGAUUUCUUUGCAAAGCUUAAGAAAAAGAAGUGUACCUUGGGCUUGGGUGAUUCUAAGCUGGGUGCUGCUAUUAGUGAGGCAAUUGGUGUACAGUGCAGCCAUUUUGGUGUUGUACCCGAAAUUUUGCGCGGUGUACGCUAUCAUUUCGCGAAAUUGGUCAAGGGCUUUACGGAUCAGUCAGCGGGCAUUGCACAGCUGGCCUUGGGCCACAGCUACUCGCGUGCUAAAGUAAAGUUUAAUGUGCAUCGUUCGGACAACAUGAUAAUUCAGUCGAUUGCGCUGCUGGAUCAGCUCGAUAAGGACGUGAACACCUUUUCGAUGCGUAUACGUGAGUGGUACUCCUACCACUUCCCAGAAUUGGCCAAAAUUGUACCAGACAAUUAUAUGUUUGCCAAAACUGCCAAAUUCAUAAAAGACCGUAAGACACUGACCCAGGAUAAACUUGAAGAGCUAGAGCAAAUUGUUAUGGACUCUGCUAAAGCGCAAGCCAUUAUCGACGCAGGAAAAAUGUCUAUGGGCAUGGAUAUAUCCAUUGUGGAUCUGAUAAACAUUGAAUUAUUUGCUACACGCGUUGUAAAUCUAUCGGAAUAUCGUAAGAAAUUGGCUACGUAUCUGCACAACAAAAUGAACCUUGUAGCACCGAAUCUGCAGUCACUGAUUGGCGACCAGGUAGGAGCUCGCCUCAUUUCACAUGCGGGCAGCCUGACCAAUUUGGCCAAGUAUCCUGCAUCCACAGUACAGAUUCUGGGUGCGGAAAAGGCGCUUUUCCGUGCACUCAAGACGCGAUCCAACACGCCCAAAUACGGUCUUAUCUAUCACUCAUCGUUUAUUGGUCGUGCCGGCCUUAAAAACAAAGGACGCAUUUCCCGUUUCCUGGCCAACAAGUGUUCGAUUGCAUCACGUAUCGAUUGCUUCCUUGAACAGCCGACAAGCGUGUUUGGCGAAACGUUAAAGCAACAGGUGGAAGAUCGUUUGAAAUUCUACGAAUCUGGCGAUGUGCCACGCAAAAAUAUUGAGGUCAUGAAAGAGGCCAUGGAAGCUGUAGACCAGGAAGUGGCAGAAGUGGCCAAAUCCGAGAAAAAAAAGAAGAAAAAGAAGCGAAAUGCGGAUGAUUCCGUUGUUCAGGCGGAAACUAAUGGAAAAAGCAAUGGAAAAGUAGAAAUCGAAGCUGAGGCCAAGAACGGUGAUGCUGAUGGUGAGCCUAAAAAGAAGAAGAAAAAGAAGAAGAAUAAGGGAGCCAUCGAGGCGUAAUAGUCACAGCCAAUGUGAAGCCACCCUACAUAGUUUUAGAUUAAAAUACCUUUAGGUAUCUUUUGCAGACUAUGAAACACACUUCAUAGAAUUUUUACGAUCAUGUAAGCCUAGGCUAUGACUUAGACUUAGUGUUCUGUCUAUGCCCAAACAUUAAUAAUUUUCAAUAAUUAAAAGCUUACCUUGCUUGGUAAACGGAUUCGGAGAAAUGUCUAGAUAAAGGUCCGAAAAGGCUUGGCCCAUACUGAUCGAAAUUCCAUUUCAUAGUCUGACCAGAUCACUAAUACUACUUUUAUGCAUUUUUAUAGUACUAUAAGCCGUGAACACAUUUUGCUGUUUGGCUUGACAAUAUUCUGUAUUCAAUAUCCCCGCAACUUUAUUUCAACAGACCUUAACUGUAACAAUAAAAAGUCAGACGUGACAUAUAAA